AUGUCUGUCUCAAUCACUGUCGAUACUCCUGUCGUCCCUGCCACCAAACGGGCAGACGUCUCUCUGGGCUCCAAGGGUAGAAUGCCAGAAUUCAGUCUGGCUGGCAAGGUCGUCCUUGUCUCUGGUGCUGCUCGUGGUCUUGGUUUAACCCAGGCUGAAGCGCUCUUGGAGGCUGGAGCGAAAGUGUACGGAUUGGAUCGUCUGGAGGAGCCAUCCGCCGAGUUCUUCGAGAUUCAAAAGCGAGCCAAGGAGGAACUGGGCACGGAGUUGCACUACCGUCGCAUUGAUGUGCGUGACACGGAACUGUUGACCAGCACCGUUGAGCAAAUCGCCGAUGGCGAGGGCCGAAUGGAUGGCCUGAUUGCCGCAGCAGGAAUCCAACAGGAAACUCCGGCCCUGGAGUAUACGGCCAAGGACGCGAACACCAUGUUUGAGGUGAACGUGACGGGUGUGUUCAUGACUGCCCAGGCAGUGGCCAAGCAGAUGAUUCGCUUUGGUAAUGGUGGUAGCAUUGCACUAAUUGCGAGCAUGAGCGGUACUGUCGCGAAUCGGGGUCUCAUUUGCCCCGCGUACAAUGCCAGCAAGGCCGCUGUCAUCCAGCUUGGUCGCAAUCUGGCCAUGGAGUGGGGUCAAUAUGGCAUUCGCGUCAACACCAUCUCGCCGGGCUACAUUGUCACGAAAAUGGUCGAAGAUUUGUUUGUCCAGUUCCCGGAGCGCCGAGAAGAAUGGCCCAAGCACAACAUGCUGGGCCGUCUGUCUACCCCCAACGAAUACCGGGGUGCCGCAGUCUUUCUCUUGAGUGACGCCAGCAGUUUCAUGACAGGAAGCGAUCUGCGCAUCGACGGUGGCCACUGUGCGUGGUAA